UAUUUGAUAAUCAUGAUACUACUUAAUAUAUUGAGUUUCGAUGAUUGAUUGAUGUUUUAGUUUAUUACAAAAAAGGGGUCAGCUUAAGUGGACUAGAAAGAGCAGAAUGUAGUUUCAUCUUUCACACCAUGAAAGUUCCCACAGACCAAGGUUGACCCUGAGUGGAAGAGAAGACCUACAAGUAUCUUCUUGAUUCUUAUUUAAUAAUUUUGAUAAUUGCUGUGUGUGUGAAUGUGUUACACUAUUUAUUGCUGAGUAGUGUGUGAAUUUGGGUGUGUUUAAAGAAUUUGUAUGUGUAAAUUUGAAUUGUGUAUAAUUUUUUAGAAGUACAGAAAUAGAAGAUGAUUAGUGUGUUUUGGAGGGGAGGAGUUGUUUGAUUUCGGUUGUGUAUAAAGUUCAAAUGGAUUUAAUUGGAGGGGGUAUUAUAGGAGUAGCUUUUGCGGAUCUAGAGAAGGCAUUUUUGAAGGUGAUCAAGACGAUUGCUAGAUUUAAGUCCACUUUCAAGCGCUUAAAAGCCACUAUGGAUGCCAUAAAUUUGAUUUUCAGUGAUAUUAAGAAGUUGGAAGAAAUCCUGGAACGUCCGGAAAGAGAGAUUGAUUUCUUUGCAGAAGAGUUGAGAAGGGGGACUGACCUCAUUCUCUUGUGUUCGAAGAUCAAGUCGUGGAAUCUUUACAAGAAAUAUGUUUACUCGAAGAAGCUUCAGAGUUUUGAUGAGGUUUUGACUAGGUUCUUUCAGAUUAAUGUGCAGGCUCACCAAUUGAGGAGUAUAAGGCAGGUUUCAAAAGGAGUGAGUGAUGUGAGUUUGAAGUUGGAUGUAGUUAAACGAGAAAUCUUGGAUGAUGUUCUUGAGAAAAUUGAUUCUAUGAGUGUAACCUGCAGCAGUUCAGCGUCGAGCAGGAAGUAUAGAGGCUCUGCUUAUGUUGGCGAAAUUCCAGAACUUGUUCUUGGAUUAGAUGUUCCACUUGAGGAAUUGAAGGUAAUGUUGCUAAAAGACAAUGAUGUCUUGCCAACAGUGGUAGUGCUUUCGGCUCCUCCAGGUUGCGGAAAGACUACAUUGGCUAACAUGGUGUGCCUUGAUUCGACAAUCAAAGAAAAGUUUAAGGAGAACAUAUUCUUUGUGACCGUCUCAAAAGCAGUCAACAUUCAGAUUACAGUUGAAACAAUAUUUAAACAAAAGGGCUGUCUUGAUGAGUUACUCCAGGUUCGAAGUGAUGAAGAUGCAGUCAACCAAUUGGGACAGUUGUUGAAGCGGAUAGGAGGAGGGCCAGUUAAAGAUCCUAUACUCUUGGUGUUGGAUGAUGUGUGGUCACCAGGUCUCGAAGCUUUUGUGCAAAAGUUCAGGUUCAAGGACAUACCAGAGUACAAGAUUUUAGUUACAUCUAGAUUUGCUUCCAAGCUUCAUUGGGAAUAUAAGCUCAAACUAUUAAGCGAUGAAGAUGCCAAAGAGCUUUUUUGCCACUCAGCGUUUCCUUCUGGAAGUGAACACCCUAAAAUCUCAGACGAAACUGUAAAUAAGGUAGUUAAAGCUUGCAAUGGAUUUCCACUGGCCCUGAAUGUGGUUGGCCUUUCACUUCGUGGCAAGACUGAGGAGACCUGGAAAACGACAUUAAUUAAGUGGUCAAAAGGACGGUCUAGUAUAUUUGAUUCCAACAGUUUACUACUGAACAAUCUGAAAACCAGUUUAGAUGCUCUGGACGAGGAGAAGGGCAUGGAAACACUGAAGGAGGGAUUUCUGGACUUGGGUUCCUUUCCAGAAGAUCAAAGAAUUUCUUCCCCUGUUCUGUUGGACAUGUGGGUAGAGUCGUAUGAUUUAGAUGAACAGGGCAUAGAGACCUAUAGUAACCUUCUUGAACUCUCAACUAGGAAUCUUCUGAAUUUUGUGCCUACAAGGAAAGAUGAUUCAGGUGACCUUGAUGACCGCUACUGUAAUGGCCAUUUUGUUACACAGCAUGAUAUGCUAAGGGAGCUGGCAAUACACCUAAGUAGCCAAGAGGCUAUAGAACUGAGGAAAAGACUGAUAACUGAGAUUAUAGGGAAAGGCCAUCCCAAGGAUUGGGUUGGAAUGUUGAAACAGCCCCUUACUGCGCGCCUUGUUUCUAUUUCUACAGAUGACACAUUCACUUCAAGCUGGCCAGACAUCAAACUACCUGAAGCUGAGGUUCUAAUCCUCAAUUUCAGGUCAAAAAACUAUGCUUUACCACAGUUCAUGGAACAUAUGAACCAACUUAAGGUUCUGAUUGUUACCAAUUACGGUUUCAGUCCUGCAAAACUGGAAAAUUUUUCAGUUGUCGGAGAUUUAUCCAGCCUAAAGAGGAUCAGACUCGAGCAUGUAUCCAUUUCUUCGACAUUAAACGGUUCACUUGGUUUUCAAUUAAUAAAUUUGCAGAAACUGUCAGUGACUAUGUGUCAGAUUGGCGAUGCUCUGGACAACUGUGCCAAUAUGUUCCCACAUCUCAGAGAAUUUGAGAUGGAAUAUUGUCGUGAUUUAGUUGAACUACCUGUGGGAAUAUGUGACAUCAUUCAUCUUGAAAAGAUCAGCAUUACUAGAUGUAACGAGCUUCGUUUGCUCCCUGAGGAGAUUGGAAAGCUGAUCAAUCUGCAGUCUUUGAGACUUAAUUCUUGUACAGCUCUAGAGGAAUUACCUGAGACUAUUGGAUGUCUCCAGGAGCUAAGAUUGCUUGAUAUAUCUGAUUGUUUAAGCCUUGGUGAAAUGCCGAUACAGAUUGGUGAUUUAAAAGGUCUAAGAACACUUCACAUGAGAGGCUGCUGGGGAAUGUUUGAGUUGCCGGCUUCUGUUGAGGAUCUGGAGAAUGUAAUGGUAUUUUGUGAUAAACAAACUGCUGAUUUGUGGGAAGAUUACACCAAUGUGGACAAAAUUCUGGUAAAAGAAGAUAUUAAUCUUAAUUGGCUCAACCAUUAAUCUCUGCGGAAGCUUCUGAAGCUUCUUUUAUUGUUUUCUUAGUUUGUGUGUGCAAUUUUUUCACCAAAUUUGCUUAUUGUUUCCUUGUACUCUUCUGUUACUAAUAAGAGUUUUCUGCUCAAGUGAGCAAGAUUAUGUAUUAAAUUCUUGCCUCAUGCCAAUGCAAAAUCUGACUCUCCAAACUUGUAA